AUGAACUCCAUACAACCUUUAGUUGAUGAAGUCAAAGAAAAAGCGCUUAAAUCAUGUGAUUCUCUUGAACUUGCAACUUCAACCCUAAUAUCAUUACCACACUUCAUGGCUGAUGGAUUUAACCGUGCAACAGUUGACAGUAUCAAUCUUUCAAUCAAAGGGGCUUCAAAAACAUUGGAUUUUGGAAUUCUUGCUCUCGAAGUUGCCGAAGCUGUAAAAGUUUUACAAGCAUUUUCUACUACACAACUUACAAACAUAAAAACCGGAAUCGAUAAGGAUAUUUCAUCCGUAAAUGCAGCUCUUAACUCAGUUCGAUCAGCUAUUUCUACAGCUGGAUCUCUUUUUGGAAACAUUAAUGUUCCUACCGUUACAAUUCCAUCGGCAGAUGCAUUAAAUUCUUUCCUACUCCCUACAUCAAAUAAUGUAGCAGGACUUGACGCAUUGAGUCAGAACAUUCCAACUAUUGCAGAUAUUGAAACAAAAUUGGAUAAUCUCGUGACCAUUCCUUUUGAACAACUAAGAAAAUUGGUUCAAUCAACAAUGUCAAAUUUAACUUUUAAUCAAACAAUAUUGCCUGUUCCACCUCCAAAUAAUUUAAAAUUUUGUGCUAAUA